AUGGGAACUACCCAUCAGAUAAAAGCUGUCUUGGGGCAGCAGCAGAGUCUGCAGUGUAUUGCCCCAUUGCUGACCACGGUGGAGGAGGCUCCACAGAUCAUCUCUACCCGAGUCCAAGGACAGAUUCCUAAGUGGCUGAAUGGCUAUCUGCUUCGAGUUGGACCUGGGAAGUUCGAAUUUGGAAAGGAUAGAUAUAGCCACUGGUUUGAUGGAAUGGCUUUGCUUCACCAGUUCAGAGUGGAGAAGGGCGUGGUGACAUACAUGAGCAAGUUUCUACAGAGUGAUACCUACAAGGCCAACAGUGUUGGGAAUCGAAUUGUGAUUUCAGAAUUUGGUACACUGGCCCUUCCUGAUCCAUGCAAGAACAUUUUUGAACGUUUCAUGUCAAAAUUUGAGAUGCCUGGUAAGGUUUCAGCUAUGACUGACAACACCAAUGUCAACUAUGUACAAUACAAGGGUGAUUACUACCUUAGCACUGAGACCAAUUUCAUGAAUAAAGUGGACGUUGAAACUCUGGAAAAAACAGAAAAGGUAGACUGGAGCAAAUUCAUUGCUGUGAAUGGAGCAACUGCACAUCCCCAUUAUGAUCCAGAUGGAGCAGCUUACAAUAUGGGUAACACCUAUGGACCAAGAGGUUCCUGCUAUAAUGUUAUUCGUGUUCCUCCAGAGAAGGAGGGCCCUGGGGAGACAAUUCAUGGAGCCCAGGUGAUAUGUUCUAUUGUUUCUACAGAGAAAAUGAGGCCUUCUUACUAUCAUAGCUUUGGAAUGACAAAGAACUAUAUAAUCUUCAUUGAACAGGCUCUAAAGAUGAAUUUGUGGAAAAUUGCCACUUCUAAAAUUCGGGGAAAGGCCUUUUCAGAAGGGAUGAGCUGGGAGCCACAGUGUAACACACGAUUUUAUGUUGUGGAUAAACGCACUGGACAGCUUCUACCAGGGAUGUACUACAGCAAACCCUUUGUUACAUUUCAUCAAAUCAAUGCCUUUGAAGACCAGGGCUGUGUUGUAAUUGAUCUGUGCUGCCAAGAUGAUGGAAGAAGCUUAGCUGUUUACCAGUUACAGAAUCUCAGGAAAGCAGGAGAAGGGCUUGAUCAGGUCUAUAAUUCAGUAGCAAAAUCUUUCCCUAGAAGAUUUGUUCUGCCCUUAGAUGUCAGUGUGAAUGCCCCUGAGGGAGAGAAUCUCAGCCCUUUGUCCUAUUCUUCAGCCAGUGCUGUGAAGCAGCGUGAUGGAAAGAUCUGGUGUUCAUAUGAAAGUCUACAUCAUGAAGACCUGGAAAAGGAAGGAGGGAUUGAAUUUCCUCAGAUCAAUUAUGGCCAAUUCAGUGGCAAAAAGUAUAAUUUCUUCUAUGGCUGUGGCUUUCGGCAUUUGGUGGGAGAUUCUCUAAUUAAGGUUGAUGUGGUGAACAAGACACUGAAGGUGUGGAGAGAAGAUGGAUUUUAUCCCUCAGAGCCCAUUUUUGUUCCAGUACCAGGAGCCAUUGAAGAGGAUGAUGGGGUUAUUCUUUCUGUGGUGAUCACUCCCAACCAGAAUGAAAACAAUUUUCUCCUUGUCUUGGAUGCCAAAAAUUUUGAAGAAUUAGGCCGAGCAGAAGUACCUGUACGGAUGCCUUAUGGGUUCCAUGGCACAUUUGUGCCUAUCUGA